UUCUCUCUUUCCCUUCGGGACAAACAACGUCCGAAUUAAAAAUCUACCCCCUGGAUUAUUACUUUAUUACGAUCACGCCAUUCACCGCCUUCUGUCUCUCCGGCCUGCCUUUUUUCUGUCUCCCCGAAAUACCCAUCCGUCGCAUCGUAAUUUACCUUCUCUCGUUUUCGAGUCGGGUCGUAUUGGAUCCGGAAUCAGACGAUAGCUCCGAAGGCAUUGUUCGUCCCGUUCUUCUAGAAUAUUAUGUUACUAAUCAAGAUUCAUGCUCAAGGAACAAAGAAAUCGGUUAUCCCGAAUUUUGUUGUGUCAUUUUGAUAGGUUUGAAGCGAUAUAGAGUGCAGAAGCAGUUCCAUAGAGAUAUUUUCCUCCAAAUUUCUUAUCUAGGGAACGACUGCUUCAUUUGGUUUGAGUUUAGUGCUUUGCAUGCUGUAAAAGGAUACAAAUAUAUUAUUUAUUUCAAAAGGAUCUGAUGAAGGUGAAAGUCUCAUCGCCUGAGCUCGGUGGUAUUUCUCCUCCUGAUUGCAUAAGUGAACCUGAGGAGAAAGAAGUUAGUGAUGAAGAAGAUGAUGAUCGCAACCAUAAGCAUCGUCGGCGGGAUACAUGCUCUCAACCUUUAGAGAGAGAUUCUACAGAUCCUUUAUUUACAAGGCCAUACAGAAAGCGCAAUAAACCCUUUGAAAAUGGGCAUAAUGAAUCUCAAGCAGGUGAAACCUGGAAAAAUUCUAACAGUUUGCCUCUAGAAAAAGACUUGAGACCUAAGUUUGAUAGAAGAUUCCCUGGGUUAUCAUCACUUCCUCGAGGACAUUUGGACCUGAACCAGAGAAUUAGGCCAAACCAAACGUUCAGCGGAGAUUGUGGUCCUGGCCGUGGAAGAGGAAGGGAUAACUCCGCUUGGAAUCAACAUGAUUCUAGGUUCAACUCUGUUGAUAUUUCUUAUCAAAUGGUUCAGCCAGGAUCAGUUGCUCCGGGUCUCUUUGCGGGAAGGGGAUUGCUGAAUCUUUCAAAUGCACAAGCCCCAUCAUGGAGUGCCUUUGGGCUAAUGUCAAGAAUACCAAAUGGUGGUCUUGAUACGCUCCAUUCUAUUGGUCUACAAGGGGUGCUCAGGCCGCCGAUGAAUUCUUCAUUGGAUAUGGCCAUUCCUCGCCAAUGUUGCAGAGAUUUUGAAGAGCGUGGAUUUUGUCUAAGAGGAGAUAUGUGCCCAAUGGAGCAUGGUGUCAAUCGUAUUGUUGUGGAAGAUGUUCAGAGUCUGUCACAGUUUAACCUUCCUGUCACAGUUCCAAGUGCACAAAUAUUGGCAAAACCUGCUGGCCCGGGGCCACCACCUUCAGGCCUUCCUCCUUCAACCACUUCGAUGAACAGCAAAGGUAUACAUGGCAAAAAUAACAAAUCUGGAAUUACGGAGGAUGCUGUAGGUUUGUAUGGUGCAUAUUCUGGUUCUACUAGUGCAAAUGGUGAUUUGUAUGAUCCUGAUCAACCCUUGUGGAAUAACAAUGGCCCAGAAGCAUCAGCCGCACUGACUGGACUUCGGUCACCCAAGACUAAUGAAACAGAACCGUUGCCAAAUGAUGACAUCUCUGAUCGUCCUCAUGACUGCUUACGUGAUAGUGCUGAUAAUGAAUUGACGAUUAGAAGCACCGGGUCACAGAGCAUGAAUUUGUCUGUUGGGGGUAGAGUUGGUAGCUCCAGAAGUGGAAUAGACACAAAAGACAAAAUUGGUCCAAUAACCUUGGACCAUCCUGAGAAUGAAACCAAGGAAGAACAAGGAGCAUUUCCCAGCUCUCAAGACAUUUCUUGUCAGGUCAAACAGAUCAACAGUGAGGAUGAUGGCUCCAAAGUUAUGGAUUCUUCAUUGAAGCCGCGGAUUGAUUUUCGUAGUAGCAGAAAAGUAACACAAAAGGCACUUCAUACGCUGUUUGUCAACGGGAUUCCCCAGAAAUGCAACAAAAGAGAGGCUCUUCUUUCUCAUUUUCGUAAGUUCGGAGAGGUUAUUGACAUUUACAUUCCGUUAAAUGGUGAACGGGCGUUUGUCCAGUUUUCAAGGAGGGAAGAGGCCGAAGCUGCUUUGAAGGCACCUGAUGCUGUAAUGGGUAACCGUUUUAUUAAGCUUUGGUGGGCUAAUCGGGAUAACAUACCUGUUGAUGGAAUAAAAAGUGGCAGUGGCGUACCUGUAAAUCCACGUGGUAUAACAGCAUCUGCUAUUCCAGCUCAACCUGCUGCUAAUAGAGGAAAGGAUAAUCUUCUUCCUGUUGCUCAGAAGAGUAAUGUUUUUUUUUAUAAGACUCAGAAGAGUAAUGUUGUCCAUUGUGCCGAUACGCCUUCUCUGAACUCGCCUAAACCUGUUAGUAUGAAUGGUCCCCAGGCUCCACCUCCAUUGCAGAAAACGUUAGACGCUCUGGAACAAAUGAAAGAGGAAUUACGCAAGAAGCAGGAAAUGCUGGAGCAGAAGCGGAACAACUUUUGGCGCCAGUUGGACAAACUUGAGAAACAAUCCAGUGUUGUCAAGGGAGAUCUACUGACUGAGCCAGCUGCUAAGAGGCAAAAGGUGGGUAUUGCAGCUGAUCCUGCAAAAGCUUCGAUUCCUGGUUCCUCUGAAUCUGGUGCUCCUGCAGCAAAACCAUACUUUAUAGGGAUGACAGAUAAGAACAAAUUGACUGAGAAUGGUGCGUCUCAAAGUCCAAAACCUAGUACCUCUAUGGCAUUGCAGGAAUCUACAAGCUCAAAGCAGCAGUCUCGGAAGCCUCAUCUGUGUGCACUUAUUAGGCAUCCAUUCCCGAUGAAUAAAUACAAAUUGGACAACCGACCAAUUGCGUUUAGAGUUAUUCCACCAUUGCCUUCUGGUUUUGCAGAUGUUGCUGUUUUGAAGGAGCACUUCUUACGGUGUGGAGAUCUUUUCUCUGUGGAACUACAAGACUUGGAAAACGAAGAUGCCGGUAAUACCGGAUCAGAGCCAUUGAAGAAUUGCUCGGCGCUUGUAACUUACAGCACUCGCCAAUCAGCGGAAAGGGCUUAUAUAAAUGGUAAAUGCUGGCAAGGACACAAUUUGCAGUUCAAAUGGCUUACAUCUAACAGUAACCCUCAUAGCAAAGAAACUCCAUCUUCCACACCCGAGGAACCAUUAGAAGCCGAUGGCCAGACAGAAGAAAAAUCAGCAUGCAGCGUUGCCCAAGAAGUCGCUGCUGCUUCAGGCAAUGGGGAAUCCGGGGAAUUGGACCUUGAGAGCUUCGUUGAGCAUAUGGAAUCGGCUGAAGCCUCGGAGCGGAGUCCAUCCCCGACAUCUAGCAUGAAAGAGUCGCCUAAAGGUGACACAAGUUGAGGACCGGGACUCGUUUUUUGGGAUUUGUACAGGUAAAUAAAUUAUUCAAUCUGUUGAAACUCUAAUUUUCCCGAGUCUUUCACGCACAGUCAGCUGAAAUUUCAUCUUCUUUCUCUAGUUUUGUAUUGUUUCAUCACUGGGAUUAUAUGUUAAAAAAAAAGUGCAACUCUUUUAAUCUUUUGAA